GGAAGAGACACCUUCUCUACACUGGGGGAUGGAUCCUGUAUUUUCUGCAUUUGCAAGACUGUAUAUUAAAGAUAUAAAAGAAAUGAGAGAAUCUAAACAGGUGCCAGCAUUAGGAUUUGAUGCCUUUAUGACUAAUGCCGUAAAACAACACGGAGGAAAGCAGUAAGCCUGGCCAAUUACUCUCCUGCUAUAAAUGGUGACAAGAAGGCUGGAAAACCUCCCAGAUAAAAAGAGCAAUUGUGUUGUCUUAGAGGCCUUGCAAUGAGAGUGGGUGUCAAACUCAGUUGUAACACAUAAUCACAUCAUGGAAAUAAGCUUUUCUCAGAGUCAUCAUGCACUACUGCAUUGUGACAGCUUAUCAACAGGAGAGGGAAGCUACAAAUAGCAUAAAAGGAGGUAUAUUCUUUUAUAAUGGACAUCCAGUAAGACAAGUGGAUGUUGUCGGGACAGUGGUUCAAACGAAGGAGAGAGAUGCCUUUUAUAAUUAUGGAGUGGAUGAUAGUACUGGAGUUAUAAAUUGUAUCUGCUGGAAAAAUCCCAUGGUAGGAGAAACACCUUUAUCAGGUCGUCCAAGCACACCCAGCAGUCUUAUUGUGUUUGAACAGAUGAAGAAACUCCAAGAAACAGUGAGCCAGAAAACCAAGCUGGAGAUCGGGGAUGUUGUCAGGGUCAGAGGUCACAUCCGAACCUAUAGGCAACAAAGAGAAAUUCAGGCUUCAAGUUUCUAUAAAGUGGAUGAUCCUUUGUAUGAUGUUCAGAUUUCAAGAAUGCUGGAGCUCCCCUGUCUCUAUAGAGAAGUUUAUGAUAAACCUUUCCAAGGCCCUGAGGAAGGACAGAGUGGCCUGGAGGGUCAGAAUUUCUCAAUCCAUAUGCUGCAUGAGAAAGUGCAAGGCUUUCUAUUAGAAAACAAAAUUCAGACCUUUUACCAGCAGGAGCUGGAAACAAUUGAUACUCUGGUGUCACUGGUGGAUGUGCAUCUACCCAAUCCCAGCUGUCAGGAGGUGAAGUCAAAAGGUAACUCCAGUUCCAAAAGGAUUCACAAUGUUUUUAAGGAAGCAAUAAAGAUGCUACAAGAAAAAGGAGUGGUUUUCCAGAAACCUAGUAGCUCCAAGGACUUAUACCACGUGACUGACCAUGAUAAGGAACUGCUUAAAGUGACCCUUGAUGUGAUAAAAGAAGACUGUCGAAAACCCAGGCAUGCUGAAAAAGGCUGCCAUUUCCUUCAUGUCCUAAAUUGUGUUCGGCAAAGCUACAACCCCUCCCUGGCUGAAGUGGUGAUGCACCGUGUCUUGGAACUGCUGGAGAGUAACAGUGAUGUUGUCAGCACUAUGGAAGGAUAUUAUAUGGCAUUUUAAAGAGAAAAGACAGGAUACAUUCAUUCUGGUCCAUUCAGGAGGAGAGAAGAAGGAGACGUUGGGUGACUCCAAAAAGCUUUUAUUAGCUGAUAUGAUCUAGAUAGGGGAUAAAAAAGAGCCUUCUGAUUCUCCAAAUGCUGGUUUUGUCCAGCUUCAGAGAAGUUGUUUAAAUACUUGUUUUAAUAUUCUUGUUGACUUCCUUGCUAUUCCUAGUGAGAGCUGUAUCAGACUGAUUCUGGCCAUUCUAAUACAGCAGGGGAACUGGAAAAGAAACUGGGCUCUUUCCUUGGAGUAAGGUGAGACAUUGGCCAUCCUCAUAUUUACAUCCGGUGGGCUGUAAAGAAAAGUCACUGCUAAAGA